GCGGCUGGAGCAAGAUCCAGGCUGCAGUGGGUUUGGGGCCGGUUCCAGAAAGGAGGUGUGGCCUGAACUAUCUGUGAUGACCGGGUGAAGGUAGAGGCUAAACCUGCUGCCUCUCUCUAUAUACCCUCCACAGCGGCUACUGUUUGUCUGCAAACAGUGAGAGGCUAAUCCCUGGAGGAAAAUGGUAAUAAUGCUUCCCCAACAUGCGACCAGCAGAGGUACGAUUGUCCGGAUCAUUCAUUGGCAUUCAUCAUAUGAAGAAUUGGUAAACAUGGUAGAAAACGUUAUUAUCCUUAGUUUGAUAGUGGCCAUAUCGUUGUCAUUUUGGAUUGUGUCAAUGACUAUCAGUACUUACUAUGGUACUCUACGACCUGUGUCACCUUGGCGAUGGCUGUUUUCUGUGUUAGUUCCACUAAUUAUUACUUCACAUGCAAUAAAGAAGAAAAGUCUUGAUCGUGGUGGAGCUAUUGGAGCUUUGAUUGUUGGGUUCAUCCUUACAAUUGCCAACAUAGGUUUCUUCUCUGCAUUGCUAACUUUUUUUGUUAGCUCGUCUAAACUAACAAAAUGGAAGGCAGAAGCGAAGAAGCGCUUGGAUGCAGAAUAUAAGGAAGGUGGCCAGAGGAACUGGAUACAGGUAUUCUGUAAUGGAGGUGUUCCUACAGAGAUUGCCCUACUUUAUAUGAUUGAAAAUGGGCCAGGAGAAAUUGCAAUUGAUUUUUCAAAGCAGUACACUGCCUCUUGGAUGUGUCUGUCUCUCCUGGGAGCUCUGGCUUGCAGUUCAGGUGAUACCUGGGCAUCAGAGAUAGGAAGUGUCGCCAGCAAAAGCCAACCGAGGCUGAUAACCACAUGGAAGAAGGUUCCCAUUGGUACUAAUGGAGGGGUUACCUUUGUAGGCCUUGUAUCAAGUUUACUUGGUGGAAUGGUUAUUGGAUUAGCCUAUCUAUUAACGCAAUUGAUGUUUGUGGAGAACCUGGAUAUUUCACCACCUCAGUGGCCAAUUGUCUUGUAUGGUGCUGCAGCCGGUUUCUUUGGUUCCAUUUUGGAUUCCUAUCUCGGUGCCAUAAUGCAGUAUUCAGGUUUUGAUGAAGACAGUGGGAUGGUUGUCAAUCACAUUACUCCUAAUGGAAGGCACAUAUCAGGAAAACCUAUCCUGGAUAACAAUGCAGUGAACCUCUUCUCUGCCAUCCUUAUUGCUCUUCUGCUGCCAGGAAUGACCUGGCCUUUUUGGCCAAAGAAAUGAACAAUUUAAAAAAUAAGGAGUAUCAUAAUCAUUUGUUGGCAUAAAAUAUUGCAUACGAAUAUUGCAUUAACAAAUAGAUGACUGAAUUAAAAUGAAGAUAGACUAAAAUACUUUUAACAGCUCAAUUUUGUUGAAGUGAAAGACAUAUCUUCACUAUCUUAUUUUGAAGAUUUAUUUAUUGCUCUUUUAGAGAUGUUACUUGGUUUCUUCAAUCAAAAAGCCUAGUCCUAAUCAUACAUUAAUUCUGAGCAGACAGUGCUUUUAUUGCAAUAGAUAUUGUUGCAUAUUUAUAUUAAUGAAUCUUUAGGAAAUGCUUCCUUUAAAGUAGAAAACAUACUUACAUUUUGUAACAACUCAUAUGUUUGCAUAACAUACUUUAUUUAGGUAGAAGACUACUGAUCCAUCUAGACCACUCUCCCAAAUGACCCUUUUGUUUUCUUACUAUGAUUCUGAAACUAUAUCUACAUUUGAAAUUAAAGUUUAUCAAGUCCUUUUUUA